CGAGCGAGUGGAAAGAUUUCGGGGAGAAAGUGCGCGGGAGCAGGGCGGGCAAGUGCAAGCGCGCAGGCGCGACCGGGGGGGCGGGCUGCGAAGAGAAUCUCAGCGAUCUUCAGUCCCUGCCGCAUCUUCUGCCCGUCGCCAUGGCUGCCUACAAACUGGUCCUGAUCCGGCAUGGCGAGAGCGCCUGGAACCUGGAGAACCGCUUCAGCGGCUGGUACGACGCCGACCUGAGCCCGGCGGGCCACGAGGAGGCGAAGCGCGGCGGGCAGGCGUUGCGAGAUGCUGGCUAUGAAUUUGACAUCUGCUUCACCUCUGUGCAGAAGAGAGCGAUCCGGACCCUCUGGACAGUCCUGGAUGCCAUUGACCAGAUGUGGUUGCCAGUGGUCAGGACUUGGCGUCUCAAUGAGCGACACUAUGGGGGUCUAACAGGUCUCAAUAAAGCAGAAACUGCUGCUAAGCAUGGUGAGGCACAGGUAAAGAUCUGGAGACGAUCUUACGAUGUUCCACCACCUCCCAUGGAGCCUGACCAUCCCUUCUACAGCAACAUUAGCAAGGAUCGCAGGUACGCAGACCUUACUGAGGACCAGCUCCCCUCCUGUGAGAGCCUGAAGGACACUAUUGCCAGAGCACUGCCCUUCUGGAAUGAAGAAAUUGUCCCCCAGAUCAAGGAAGGGAAAAGGGUCUUGAUUGCCGCCCAUGGCAACAGCCUUCGGGGCAUCGUCAAGCAUCUGGAGGGUCUCUCAGAAGAGGCCAUCAUGGAGCUGAACCUGCCCACGGGCAUUCCCAUUGUCUAUGAAUUGGAUGCUGGAUGGAAGGUACACAACCAGUGUCGAUCUGAGCUGCACCCCACCCAGUCCUUGUCCACACUCGUGCUAAGGAUCAAACCUACAAAGGCUGAAUCCAAGGCCUGCUUUUUAUGA